CGCGGGUCCGGGACGUGCGCCUCUCCGAGUUUAGCAGUCUGGACAACAGAAAGGCGCACCACCGGUCUGCCCAGUCUGUGGGCGGAGCCUAUGACAAGCUCCGGGAGAGGCACAGGAAGUUGCACACGCUCUCUCAGGCCCUGGACGACCCUCUGCACACCUACAGAAGUUACCACAGUGACUAUAGCUCCUCCAGUGAGAGUCCGUCGGUCACGUCCUCUGAUCCAGAUUACAGAAAUGCUAGGAGACCAGAACAGAUUAGAUGCUUCAGUUCCCAAGUGGGACUGUCUGAAGCCGAUACCAUGCCACUCAGCAGUGGACAGAGACACAGGCUGUAUGAGGGAGGACACCAGGACAGGAUUGGGACAGAACUCAUGGUGCAGAGACACGAGGACGACCUGCGACGGCUCCAGGCCCGGCUAUCCCGGUCCAACCUCUUCCUCACGGACGACCCCCCGUGCCUCCUCGCUGACCUGUGGGACCACGGGCACCCUGCCGUCUCGCAAGAUUAAGAACUUUGGUCCAGAGUUUGUGAGGAUGGCCAGUGAACCCUCUGUUGUUUUAAAUGUUCCUGUUUCCAUAAUGAAUAAGCAGACUAAGGCGGAGGAGAGUGCCCGCAGGGUGGCCGUCGUCCUGCUGAACGGGCAGAGGCUGGAUGUGACCUGUGACGUGAAGGCUGUGUGUAAGGAUGUGCUGGACAUGGUGUUGGCACACGUGGGCCUGGUGGAGAGCCACCUGUUUGGCCUGGCCGUCCUCAAAGAUGACGAGUUCUUCUUCAUCGACUCGGACACCAGACUCUCAAAAGUGGCCCCGGACGGGUGGAAGGACGACCCCAAGAAGAGGAGACCCGACGUGAACUUCAGGCUGUUUCUGCGCGUUGAGUUCUUCCAGGAGGAUGUUGGCUUCAUCCAACACUCCAUGACCAAGCACCAGUACUACUUGCAGUUGCGGAAGGACAUUCUGGAGGAGCGACUGCGCUGCGACGCUGAGAACGCUAUGCUCUUGGCUUCUCUGGCACUGCAAGCUGAGUUUGGGGACCAUCAGCCUGAGCUCCACGGAAAGACGUACUUCCGGCUGGAGCAUUACGUGCCGGCGUAUGCCAUGGAGCGGCUGGAGCAAAGCACCAUGAAGGAGGAGCUCUCCAAAAUGCAUAACACCUACUACGGAGUCACGGAAGAGGAGGCCCAGUUUGAGUUCCUCAAGGUGAGCCAGCGACUGACUGAGUACGGUGUUCACUUCCACCGCGUCUUGCCGGAGAAGAAGUCACAGACAGGCGUCCUGCUGGGUGUCUAUUCCAGGGGUGUUCAGGUCUUUGAGGUUCUGAAUGGAAACCGAACCCCAGUGCUGAAGUUCCCCUGGAGAGAGACCAAAAAGAUCUCUUUUGCUAAAAAGAAGAUUUGUCUGCAGAACACGUCCGACGGCAUAAAGCACCUGUUCCAGACGGACAGCCAGAAGACCUGUCAGUACCUGCUCCGCCAGUGCUCCGCCCAGCACAAGUUCCACCUGCACAUGAAAGCCCGGCAGAACAACCAAGAGCUGCAGGAGCUCGAGAACUCCCCUCUGAAUUUGCAGCAGUUCUCCGUGGAUCCAGACGGCCUGGGGAGAGCCAUUAGCAUGGCUAGCCUGUCUCCUAGCACGCCAGUGUCCCGAUCCAACCCGGCAUCCCUGAAGAAGGUCCCGUACGAGCUGGCCCUCACCAGGCCGGCCCGCCUGUCCAGCCCAGACCAGGGCACCUUCCCUGACUCCAGCUCCAGGAUGAAGAGCCGCUCCCACCAUAACCUGGGCCAGCUGCCUGAGUCGCCAGAGCACAGGGCUGUGCCUUUCAGUAGCCAAUCACAGAGUGGCUCGGUUCAGCUGCAGCCGAUCACGUUGCUGCAUCAGCGUGCCAGUUCUGACACCGAUUCCAUCACCAUCAACAGGCUGCGUGAGGGCGUGUUCAGUGGUGCAGCCCGGAACGCUCCUGGCUGGGGGCCGAUGGGCUCAACGGGCCAGAAUGUGGAUCACGACUCCUCGUCAUGUGAGGAGAGAGGUCAGGCGUAUGUCGAAGGUGUGAGCAUUCACAGUUCUGGAUUACCCUCUAGCACUGCCUCAUCCAUAGGAACCAGCGAAUCCCUUCAGAAGAAGCUGAACGCUGUACCCUCCCCCGAACGUGAGAUUACGAGUGUAAAUCUGAAGAAGGACGUGAAGUAUGGCCUGGGCUUUCAGAUCAGUGGGGGAGAGACCUCAGGGAGAACAGACCUGGGCACCAUCGUUUGUUCCAUUACGCCGGGCGGGCCCGCCGACGUAGACGGCUGUUUGAAACCAGGAGAUAGGCUGCUCAGUGUGAACGACGUCAGUCUGGAAGGUCUUCCUCACAAGGACACUUUGGACAUCCUGCAGAACGCUCCAGAUGAGGUCACUCUGGUGGUGUCACAGCCCAAAGAGAGGCUGUUCCCAGACUCUCCCUACACACACACUCCUGCUGUAGCUGCGCUGAAACCCGAAGCAGAUCUGGCGUCGUCCUCCGAGGACCAAGCUGUCUCCCCCAGUCCUGCUCCCUCUUCCUCCAGCACGGACGGCGUCGCCCAAUCUGCUCCGGCCGGCCGCUCCUGGGACAGCCCGGACCGUCCGGACCCCGGAGCCGUCCCGACGCGGCCGCGCCUCAACGGCUUCCACCAGAACGUUCCGGAGACCGGCACGACACCGGCACUACCCCCCUUCCUGUCCCCGGGGGACCCCACACCUCCUGCCCUGCCCCCCAAGACCCGGAGGUCCAGAGAGCCAGAGGUCACCAAAGAGCUGGAGCUGUCGGACCGAGGGGACUCGGACAUGGACGAGGACACGUGCUCCAGCGGCCAGGAGAAGCAAAAGCCAAGAAAGGGUGGUUCCAACACAUCCAUGCGACACGGUGGGAUUUAUGUCAAAGGCAUUAUUCCCAAAGGAGCAGCCGAGCUUGACGGCAGGAUUAAGAAAGGUGAUCGCGUUGUGGCUGUGAAUGGGAAGAAUCUGGAAGGGGCGACACAUAAGCAGGCAGUGGAUGUUCUGAGAGACACGGGGCAGGUGGUGAGCCUGGUGCUGGAAAGGGGCCCAUUGCCUGCAGACAUCGUUCAUGCUCCCCUUACCCCACAGAGCACUUCAGAACUUGCAGAGCCCAGACCCACGGGCCCUCCACAGGAGCCCUGCGCAAGACCUCAGUCCCAGCCAGAGUACAGCUUUAUCACGCCGGAGAACGUGUUUGAAGUGAACCUUCUGAAGAACUCCUCUGGUCUAGGCUUCAGUUUCAGCCGUGAGGAGAACAUUCCAGAAGAGCCUCCUGGCUCCAGCAUGGUCCGGGUCAAGAAACUGUUCCCCGGGCAACCGGCUGACGAGAGCGGCCUCAUCAAAGUGGGCGAUGUCAUCCUACGCGUCAACCAGACGUCCCUGAAAGGACUCUCGCAACACGAGGUGAUCUCAGCACUGCGAGGGGCGGGUCAAGAGGUCACACUGUUGCUGUGCAGACCUGCCACAGGGGUUCUCACUGAGAUGGGCUCCUCUCACCAGACCCCUGCCAUCUCUCCACGGAAGGAGCCGCCCAAACCCAAGCCCAAGCCCAGCGCGGCCUCUCCUCCCCAGCCGGACGGCCGGAGGCCCCUGGGGGCCGUGGAGCAGGCCCUGGAGCGGCUUCUGAUGAAGUCUCCCAGCCGUAGGGACAGCUACAGUGACAGUACAGACGAUGAGGAGGUUGAGGAGGCCUUCAGCCCUGCGAGCCUGGAGCAGGCCGGCCAAGCCUGGGACCGGAGUGCCUACCAGACCCCAGGCGGCGGCGGCGGCAGGCACGGCCGGUACGAGACGCCCGCUGAGCUGGACAACACCAUCCGCUCGGCCUACUGCUCCCCCAACCAGUCCAGUCACAGGAGGCCUCUCUCGUCUUCCCCUCUUCUCUCGGAGCGGAAAUCGUCCCCAGCCCUCCCUGAAGAGGGCACUCUGAGCCCCAGUCCAGACCCGCUUCCUCCCCCAGUCCACAACCCCAUCGGCCUUGCGUUUCACGAGCGCAGCCAGGACGUGAGCGACUACCUGCCUGAGGCUGAGCUGAAGGUCUCCCUGGUGAAGUCUGAUAAGGGGAGUUUGGGCUUUACACUCACUAAAGGAGGCGAUCACAACUGCUACAUCCAUGACAUCAUCCAGGAUCCAGCAAAGGGAGACGGCAGACUCCGACCCGGUGACCGUAUGAUCAUGGUGAAUAAGAUAGAUGUGACUGGGAUGAGUCACACUGAGGUGGUCAACCUCGUGCGAACUGCACCCAGAGUGGUGGAUCUGGUAGUGGGGCGUGUCUUAGAACCCCCCAAACCACCAAUAGAGGCACACCUUCUCCCUGAUAUCACCUUCCAGUGCCCCGGUGACUCACUUGGUCUGGUCCUGGAAGGAGGCAGAGACAGUGAACUGGGCGUGCUCUACGUAAAAGACAUCGUUCCAGGGUCUGAGGCAGACUCUGAGGGGAGCCUGAAACAGCUCGACCUCAUCCACUACAUCAACGGCGCUCCCACGCAGGAGCUGACUCUGGCGGAGAACCGCCGGCUACUGCAGCUCUCGUGCCGAGACCUCGCGCUCAAGGCCACCAGGGAUGGGAAACCCGUGUAUCCUGAGCAGGAAAACGCCUCGAACGCCUCGAGCCUGAACAACAACGUCAGCGCUAAAGUCAACAACCCGCCCAGCAUGAAUGGUUAUCUCAACAGCAGUAGUCACGAUUUGGAGACUAUAUGUCCAUCUGAGGAGCUGAUAAUUCCUCUGCAGUUGAACAAGCCACCAGCAGGGGGCCUGGGCUUCUCCGUGAUUGGUGGAGAGAGGGGUAUUUUUGUGAAGUCCAUCACACCUGGAGGCCUGGCGCAUACUGAUGGGAUGUUACAAGUGGGCGAUCGCCUACUCAAAGUAAAUAAUGAGCUGAUGACGGGGGUUUCCCAUGCCAAAGCUGUGUCCACUAUCCGGAUGGCUAAAGGUGUGGUUGACCUGGUCGUGUCCCGCCCCACUGACCAGACCCCCAGCACGUACCUGGGCUUCCUCCCUCUGAACACCAGCACCUGCAAUGGGACCGCAGAUGUGAGUGGGAACGCUGAUGCCGGGAAGAAGCUCAGCGGCGCUCCGGGGGCAAGCGGCUCCCAGUCUCCUCCCGCCCUUCCUCCCAUAGACUACGAUGCAGGCUCUCUAGAGAGAGAGAAGAGACUAGAGACAGCGGUGUCUGAAGACACAGACUGUGAUGGCUCAUCUCUUCCUGAAGAUUCUCCAGAGACCACGAGGAAGACCCAUUGGGAGGCGCGUGGAAUGGACCACCCACAGAACAACAGUUACCUGCAGUCGUCUUCUGGAUUUCUGGAUGAAGACGAGAUCACAUGGGGCAGCGAUGAGCUCCCAAUAGAUAACAUCAACUCCAAAUUCACCCAAGACGGCCCCGUGAUCACGGAGGAGGAGCUGACGUCUCUGACCCUGGUGAAGGUGGUUCCCAAAGGCCAGUACACAGGGCAGAAGCUCAGCUCUGUGGUGCGCAUGGUCAGAGGGCUGCUGGAACAGAAGGUCCCCCUGCAGGAGUUUGAGAGCCUACAGAACCUUCAGCCUCUGGAUGACUGUUUGAUUGGACAGACCCAAGAAAACAAGAAGAAAAACCGUUAUAAAAACAUAGUGCCCUUCGACACUACAAGAGUAGUCCUGGGCAAAGAGGGCGGCUACAUCAACGCCAACUUCAUCAAGAUGCCAGUGAAGGACGAGCACUUCCUGUACAUCGCGUGCCAGGGCCCGCUGCCCACUACGUUGGCCGACUUCUGGCAGAUGGUGUGGGAGCAGAAGUCCAAUGUCGUCGCCAUGAUGACCCAGGAAGUGGAAGGAGGAAAGGUCAAAUGCCAGCGCUACUGGCCCGCAACGCCGCGCGUGGCUGAGAUGGUGGACGACAGACUGCAGGUCAUGCUGAUCAAAGACCAGCAACUAGACCACUUCGUCAUCCGCCUCAUCGAGGUCAAGGAUGUCCAGACCAAUGAAAUCCAGAGAGUGACGCACCUAAACUACACCGGCUGGCCUGACCAUGGAACGCCAACACAGCCUGAACAACUCCUCACAUUCAUUUCCUACAUGAGACACAUCCACCAAUCAGGGCCCAUCAUUACGCACUGCAGUGCUGGGAUUGGACGAUCGGGGACGCUCAUCUGCAUAGACGUGGUGCUCGGUCUCAUUAGCAAAGACGCAGACUUCGAUAUCUCUGAUGUUGUGCGGACCAUGAGACUUCAAAGACAAGGCAUGGUGCAAACAGAGGAACAAUAUAUCUUCUGCUACCAAGUCAUCUUGUAUGUGUUGCGAUGUUUACAAGCUGAGGAGAAGAUCUCAGGAUAAAACCAUGACUUUCUGCUGCUGCCUUUCUGCUGUCCUUGGGAUGAGAGCAACAAUCCUUCAGAAACACCAGGAGGAACCUCCUUCCAGUCUCCCUGGAUCAAACCUGCCUUACGUCACCUUGCCGUGUGGGACGGAAUUUUGUACGUUCCCGUUGCUUGCGUCCCCUACCUUUUUGGAGGCUACUACUAUUUGGUUUUAUAAUUCAUCCCCUUUUCACUACUUUUUUUUUUUAUAGAUCUCUUGAAGAUUUUAAGGUUGAGCAUAAGUGAGAAAUAAAUUUAUAUUUUAUAUGUAACAAAAAUCAUGUAUUUUAAAGCAAUAUGAAGCUGGGUCUUGCUGCCUCAACAGAAUACGACGACAGUAUUUGCUUUGUAAAUCUAUAAUCAAUCGCUGAGUACCAGUGGAGGCUGAUGAAUUUGAAAUGUACAUAUUUGUCGCCUGAAAAUUUGUUUAUAUGUUUAAACUGUUACAAACUGGACAAUUUGCAAUUUGUAAAUAAAAGACCAUCAUACCUAUA